GGCGGGGUCCAGAGCGAGGAAUCUACGCGGCUAGCAGUGGCGAAGGCGGCUGUAGCGGCAGCAUGAAGCGGACCCCGACCGCCGAGGAACGAGAGCGCGAAGCUAAGAAACUGAGGCUUCUUGAGGAGCUUGAAGAUACCUGGCUUCCUUAUCUGACCCCCAAGGAUGAUGAAUUUUAUCAGCAGUGGCAGCUGAAAUAUCCUAAACUAAUUCUCCGCGAAGCCGGCAGCGUCCCCGAGGAGCUCCAUAAAGAAGUUCAAGAAGCCUUCCUCACACUGCACAAGCAUGGCUGCUUCUUUCGGGACCUGGUUAGGAUCCAGGGCAAAGAUUUGCUCACUCCAGUGUCUCGCAUCCUCAUCGGAAACCCAGGCUGCACCUACAAGUACCUGAACACCAGGCUCUUUACGGUACCCUGGCCAGUGAAGGGUGCUAGUACGAGAUACGAGGAGGCUGAAAUAGCGGCUGCUUGUCAGACCUUCCUCAGGCUCAAUGACUACCUGCAGAUAGAGACCAUCCAGGCUCUGGAAGAACUCGCCUGCAAAGAGAAGUCGAAUAUCGAUGCCGUGCCAGUGUGUAUAGGGCCAGACUUCCCCCGGGUCGGUAUGGGGUCCUUCGAUGGGCAGGAUGAGGCGGACAUUAAGAACAGAGCGGCAUACAACGUAACUCUGUUGAAUUUCAUGGAUCCCCAGAAAAUGCCAUACCUGAAAGAGGAGCCUUACUUUGGCAUGGGGAAAAUGGCCGUGAGCUGGCAUCACGAUGAAAACCUCGUGGAGCGCUCAGCGGUGGCGGUGUAUAGUUAUAGCUGUGAAGGCCCUGAAGAGGAGAGUGAGGAUGAUCCCCAGCUUGAAGGCAGAGAUCCUGAUACUUGGCAUGUUGGUUUUAAGAUCUCGUGGGACAUAGAGACACCUGGUCUGGCAAUACCCCUUCACCAAGGAGACUGCUAUUUUAUGCUUGAUGAUCUCAAUGCCACCCACCAACACUGCGUUUUGGCUGGUUUACCACCUCGAUUUAGUUCCACCCACCGAGUGGCAGAGUGCUCCACCGGAACCUUGGAUUAUAUCUUACAGCGCUGCCAGGUGGCUCUGCAGAAUGUCCGUGACGGGGCAGACGGUGGUGAUGUUUCUUUGAAAUCCUUUGAGCCUGCGAUUCUGAAACAAGGAGAGGAAAUCCACAACGAGGUUGAGUUCGAGUGGCUGAGACAGUUUUGGUUUCAAGGCAACCGAUACAGAAAAUGCAGUGAUUGGUGGUGUCAACCCAUGGCCCAACUGGAAGAACUGUGGAAGAAGAUGGAAGGUGUGACAAAUGCUGUGCUUCAUGAAGUUAGAAGAGAGGGGGUCCCCGUGGAACAAAGGAAUGAAAUCUUGACUGCUAUCCUUGCCUUGCUCACCAGCCGCCAGAAUCUGAGGAGGGAGUGGCAUGCCAGCUCACCAUCGUAACCUUUACCCUCGUGCCGGCUUCCUUCAUGUUUCAAAUGGCUGCAGCUGCCCCAGGCAUCACAUCCAGAUGUAGAAGCAACCACGAUGGAAAGAGAUCAACUCUUCCAGUGCCUCCUUCUCAAGAGUGAGGAAAUCCUUCCUAGAAACUCUCAGUUGACCUUCUUUCCGGUCUCAUUGCCCAGAUCUGGGUCAGUCGUUCGCUGCUGAACUGAAGAUUGCCAAGGGAAAUGGAAACAGCAUUAUUGGCUUUAUUAACCAAGAUUUUCACUUGAGCUGGCGGUGGCGUCCAUUUUCUCGGAGUGUUGAAUGCAUGAAUAAAACAGGGGUUCUGUUAGCAACGAAGAAGAAGGGAAUGGUUGUUGGGGAGAGAACCAGUAGUGUCUCCCUGAUUUUUUUUUUUCUUCAUUCUCUGGCACACUCUUAGAACCAGUUAAAAUUCUGUAGUUCACGCGUUUAACAGAUAUGCGCAAAAUAUACGUUAAGUCCUGGGCUUUGGCCUCCGUGUAAGGUCCUCAUGUACUGUGAUCAUGCUUCGUGUUUCCUUCACGUUUUCCUAAAAACCUGCCUUGGUGCAGCUCCCCAAAGAUGGAAAUCGGGACCUCCUCUAUUUUUAUAAACUUUUGGCAUAAUAUAGGUCUCCUAGGGAGAGACUUAGCACUGGCUUUUCGGUUAGAGAAUUCCUGUUUGGUAGAGAUUUGACAUCCACUACUGACACUGUGAAGGCUUCUGCUGAGACCCAGGGUUUACAGCCUGAUGAAACAAGCCUCGGUUGCAGUCUGAAUUACUCAGGCUCAGGAAGUCUUAUUCCACCACACAGCCCGGCAUUUUGAACGUUCCACUGCUCAUUAGCCCCUCCAGCAAAAGACCAGGAGAGGGGAGGGUGGGGAUCAAGGAAUUCCUUUCAACCAAAUACUCUUGUUUCAUGUAGUUGUGGAGAAAUGGCUGAAAUUGCCGCCUCCAAGAGUCUUUUUGAAAAUAAUCUAGUUUAUCUCUCCACUCAUUUUGCCACUAACUGUACAAAUUAUUAGUGUUACGUUUUAUUUAAAAAAAAAAAAAAGGCAGCAAGGUAAGAAAACACGUCCCUGGGUUGAAGAAACUAGCCUGGUUACUCCAUGGCUCACAAAUUCAGUACUAUUUUGCAUUUCUUACACCCAGUUGAGUCAUAGGCUACAGACACCAUCUUUUUAUUAAUGCCUGACUUGCAGGUAACUUUUGGCACCAGAGAUAUCGAGGUGAUCUUGGAUCAGACCUGCCCGUUCCUGGGGCACCUGGGUGGCUCAGUCGGUUGAGUGUCCGACUUUGGCUUGGGUCAUGAUCUCGCGGUUUGUGGGCUCAAGCCCCGCGUCGGGCUCUGUGCUGACGGCUCAGAGCCUGGAGCCUGCUUUGGAUUCUGGGUCUCCCUCUCUCUCUGCCCCUCCCCUGCUCACGCUCUGUCUCUCUCUGUCUCAAAAACAAAUAAAACAUUAAAAAAAAAUUAAAAAAAAAACAAACCCUGCCCGUUCCUUCAGCCAAGUAGAUGAAAGCCCCCAAAAACACCCAUUUCCUACCUCACCAUGAUGGAGUCAUGGCUUCUGUUGUUAUUCUGGGUGGAGACAAACACAAAAAGCAAAAAAAAACCCCACCUACUGUACUUGUAUACUUUUUGUUUUACAGUUUGUAAGAAUUUUUACAACGUAAUUACAUGUUCUAAUUAUGAGAUUACAUACAUUUCUACCACUUACAUAAUCAAGUGUAAUUAUACUGACUACUUGAACAGACAGUGAUAAAAAUUACUCGAAGCAAAAAUUACACACAAAAAAAUGCCGUUUCAGAAAGUCUUUUGGAGCAUAUACUCCACAGCCUCCCAGAAGGUGGGUCAUGGUGAAUACAAUAAAAAGCCUUCAGUAGCUUAGUUGUCCUCGGUAGGGCACGACGGAUGACUCGUAUCAUUUUGGAAGCCUCGUCUUUUUAAAACUGUUUUUCAGACAUAGCACCCGUGAUACAUAUCACCGCUACCCAUGCAGAAGCUGGUUGAAUUCCGGGUUUGUCUCCUUCUUCCCCUUACCUCCUGUGAUUCCUUCCCUCUCUCCCUUCCGUUCUCUUUCCUCCUCCCUACCGCCUGACUUUUAUCUAGGGGCCUGGAGAAGGAUUUGAAACAGUAGGCUAAUGGGGACAAAUGAACUUGGAUUCCUGGGACGUUAUUUCCCACUCGAGUAAUCCUUGGAUCAAAAUGUUCGAAAGCAACUGGCUUGUAAGAGUUAACGUUAUGCUGAAAAUUGUCUACCUUACUCCUCUGACUGUGGACGAGAUCGGAAGUCAAGAUCCAUUGGGUUUCAUGGCCCUUAGGAGCAUCUGUAGCUUGGUGUCGUUGUGGAAGAGAAGCAAAGUAGAGAGAGGAAAGUAAACACAGACCACAGUGUAAGCAAAAUGAGGAACCUUUAAAAUGAAGUAUGAUGUUACAGACAGUUCCCUAGAAACAGCAUGCUAUUUCUUAUAAUUGUUUCUUUCAUCACUGAAAACAAAGUGUAUUGAAAGGGUCAUUUUUCUGCGAGUCAAGUCCUUUCUCUCCGGUGUUUUUUUCAAGACAUUUGUUUUAAGCAAAAUGUUCUAAAAUACAAUUUUAAAACUUAUCUAUUUGCGACUACCAUUAACACCGCUAGGGUGUCUCCAGAACCUUUCCAUCACUUCCCAUGUUAAGUCAUCUCUUGAUUAAAAAAGAAAAUAAAAUCCCUAAUCACCUGUCCCGAGUUUACAAUUCAAAGCAGUUGUUUUUGGACUAGCCAGUCAUGUUCUCCUAAGGACAACAUCUCUUAGGUGUGCCGUUCAUCGUCCAUAUGGAGCAAAUUAGAGAGAGAAGGAGGGGAGCUGCCACUGUUUCUGAUUGGUUACGGUAGUAUUAAAAAAAAAAAAUUGACUCACCCUGCUCUGGAGAAGAAAGAUGGAUAAAAUGCUCUUUGAACACACUAGUCUUUUUUUUUUUUUUUCUUCUAAAUGUCGGUACAGAAGGGUUGCAUUUAUAUUUGGCUUUCCAGACCUGUCUCUUGACCUUCUAAUUACUUUAUUUGAAACAGCACUGAGGGUAUAAUAAACCUGGAGGUUGCCUCUCCUUUGCUUUAUCAUAAAUUAAAGCUGCCGGUUUGUCGAGGUGAAAGUGGAGGCAGAAUGUUCAUUACCGCUCAAGUGAUGGCUCGUCAAUAGCAGUGCUUUUUAGUUUGUUCUAGUCAGCACUUGCUGUGCAUUUUGUUGGACCACUGGGAAAUAAAUACAACAAGAUUAUACGUUUGGAAUACCACAAGAGUUCACAGAAAAAAAAAACACACAAAUGAUAAAUUAUACACUGGGUAGAAAGUGACAUGCUAUCUUGUGCUAUUAACAACCAAAGAUAAUUGCAACGAAUUGUAAUUGCAGUUUGCAACUUACAGUACAGUGUGUCCAACAUCAAUCUUAAUAGUGAACAAAGCAAUUUAUAUUAAAACUUAAUUCACUUGGUAACUUUCUGCUGUAUACACGGGAGCUAACAGAUGUAGCUUUUCAGAAAGUUCAAAGGCAUUUGAAACGUGGCAAGAAAUGCUAAUGCAGUAAGCCUUGGAGAAAUAUUGCAUUACUACUUGUAAUGAAAACAAAUGUAUGUCAUUAUCUCCUACUUUGUGUUUAUUUAAUAAAAUAUGCAGUUUGCAUGUUGGUGAAUUCAGUGUUUCUGAAUGGAUAUGGAAUGAUGUUCUAUUUGGAAUCAGAGGCCAUACAGGACUAGCAAUUAUGCAUCCAGUAUAAAUAGUCUGCUUUACGAUUUUAGUAACAUGCCCCUUAAUGCUUCACCGGGUUUUGUAUGAGGUGUAACAGCAAACUGGAGUAACUUUAUUCAUGACUUUCCUUAGAUUGGAUGUCUUUGAAGCAAGGAAGGGAGAUCUCCUGGAAUUACUUAAGAGAACAAGCAUAUUUGUUUUGUGAGCUUGACUGAUGGCCAGUAGAGCAGUUGAGUGAAAUCUCUAAACUGAUUAGGGCUUUAGUUCAAAUAAUCUUCUACCUUUUUCAUUAAUUUAUUCCUUAAUGCUAUUUUGCUGCUCUUCUACCAAGGAUAAUAAUCUCACACUCGCUGACCUCCAUGAGUGGAUGACCUAGAGCCCAUAACUAAUCUUAUUUAUCUCCUGACCAGCCGAACUUCAUUUACCUUGACUGGAUAAAGAGCCUUGCAAGUUCCUAAGCUUCCCCUCCUUCGUAGCUUUCUAGUUAAUCUCCAGUAAAGGGAAAGAUGAUAGGCUUUCCCAGUCAAGAUCCAGAAGCAUCCGGGGACAGUGGAAACUUCUGGCCAUUUCUCUUUCUUUCUUGAGCCCUACUCUCCUAACGCAACGACUUUCAUUUUGAAAGUCAAUUUCCAGCCAUGGGCCAUAUGCACACGUUGUCGAAUUUAGUUUUAAUUGUUGAGUACACGUACAUAGAAUUUUAUAUUCCGCUUUCUUUUGUUUAAUACCAAAGUGUUGCCUGUGUUUCAUAAUUUAAUAAUUGUGCAUUUUAGUGACAGUAAUUCAUUAAGUUUCUGUACUGUGUUUUUCCUAAGCAUUCCGCAUUAUUAAAAUUGUUGGGUUACUUCCACUCGGUUUCACUAUUACAGAUACUGCUGCAAUAAAAAUUUCUUUCGCUGUU